GUCAGCUUGAAUUAAGAGCUAGACAGAGUGAAAAUAGGGUCACCUUUGGAAGUAAAGUUUAAGUUUUAACUGUCAGUUUUUUUAUUGGAUAUUUCUGGCACUUAUCAAGGUCACCAUAGCUGUGUUACUGAGAGAUUAUUGCACUGAGAGGUUGCGGCCACUUGAUGUUAACUGGAGGUACUUGGGGACACACUUGGAUUAAACACAAUUGUACUACUAGAUUAACAACUAAAGACGUAUAAUAUCUUGUGCUGAUUUCUCUUUGAGAUUGUGCAUUCUGGUAGAUAUUCAGCCACUAACUUGUUUUGGAAGUUUUUCGUAUUUGCUGCUCUUACGGAAGAGGUAUUGUUAUAUAGUGUUUUGGAUUGGUUUGGAUUUACCUGUGCAGGCUCGUUAAAGGUGUGAUUAUGGAUGCAGAUGCUGAAGAAGCAGGUUUUGUUGUACCUGCUAAGACUAAGAACAGCCAUAACGCACAGACAACAAGCUUUGUCCAUCCAAUCACAGGAGAGAGAACAGCAGCCGAGGCCCCCGAAAAAUCUCCACUUCCAGAAAAAUCGCCAAACUCUACUCCAAAGAGCAAUAAGGAGAAAGGUAGCACACCUAGAAGAGGGAGCACCAAGAGAAAAAGCAAAGUGUUAGAUAGAACUCCAAGUGCUAAAAGGAACAUCCACGCGCCUGUCUCGUGUAAGGGUUGGCUUUAUAAGCAGGAGGGUGGUUUAAAACUGAAACAGUGGCAUAAAAGAUGGUGUGUUCUCAGUGAUUUCUGCAUCUUCAUCUAUAAAGACGACUCAGAGAGGAUCACUAAGGGUGCCAUUCUGUUGCCUAGUUACCGCAUCAACCCUUGUACCAUCAAUGAUGCCGUCAACAAAGACUUUGCCUUCAAGGCAGAGCACCAGAAUAUGAAGACAUACAUGUUUGCAGCAGAAAGUAAAUCAGAUAUGUCACGUUGGAUGAAUGCAAUGAGUCUUGCAACUAUACUACAAAAAGAUCCAAGGACUGAAAUGGAGCUUAACCCUAAACUUUACAAAAAUAACCAAGACACUGAAAGAGACGAGGACUCUGGGUUUACACCCAAUCAGAGUUACCAGAGCAGCAACCAGCCUCCUUCUGGCAACACGAGCUAUACAUCUAACCCACCAUUGAAUGGGUCACUCGACAGAACUUGGAAUAGUCCAAGUGACCAGCGCUCAAAUGGACGUGUACCAAAUAAAGACUCUCCAAUUGGGAGGAGAGAAUAUAAGCCUAGUGAAAAUGGCACAAGCAAUUUAUCAAAUAGCAAUCUAAGCCAGGGUUAUGAUAGGCCAGAUGGCCGUCAACCCGGAAUUCAGCCCCAGGAGAACGAAUGGGGCAGUUAUAGUCGGAAACUUGACAAACAAGAGCCGUAUAAUCGUCAGGAGCCCUAUGUCAAGCACGAACCAUAUAAUAGGCAGGAGCCUUAUAAUAAACAGGACCCAUACAAACAAGAGCCUUAUAAAAAACAAGAACCUUAUGGUAAACAAGAACCCUAUACAAAGCAAGAGCCAUAUGCAAAGCAAGAGCCAUAUGCAAAACAAGAGCCAUAUGCAAAGCAAGAGCCUUAUGGUAGAUCAAAAAGUAUGGAUAGGAACUUGAAUAGGAAUUAUAACCCAGAUGUGCGACAUAGUGCUGAAUAUCCAAAGUAUUUUCCCAAGAAUGGCACCCGAUCCCCUAAAUCUCCAGACAGACCUAGGAGUAUGGAUAGAAUUGAAAAAUCUCCAACAGAUCCAAGAUAUAAGAAUAAAUCACCUGUUGAUCCUCGCUACAGAAAAGAGGAGGAAAUUCCUAUAGAUCAAAGGUAUCAAAGAGAACAGGAAAUUUCUAAACUAAAGCAAGAAUCUUGGUCCAUGAAUAGAAAGGAUACCCCACAAUGGCAGCAGGAUAGUGAGCGCAAUAAAAUAAACAAUAGUUAUGAUGGGCGAAAUCGUAGCUUGACCCGUGAUUCAAUGUCUUCCCAGAAUUCCCAUGGUUCAAGUUCAAAUCCACCAGUACCCAUGGAGAAACGUGAUUCAUUGAAACAGUUACAACAAUGGAAAGAUAAGAUGAAGGGGAGCUCCCUGAUGCCUGAGAGGUACCAAACAUCACCCAGAAAGCAAUCUCCUGGACGCCAUCCUGACCCUCGGAGCACCUCCCCUAGAGACCCAAGGGACCCUCAUAGACGGUCACCAGGCCCUUCCCAGGAAACUCCACCCCAGAGAAAGGAAUCCCCAAAGAGGCAGCCAAAUCUGACCAUAUCCCCAGAAUCUGCAAUAUAUGAAAACUUUCCAGAGGAUGGUCCUGGACGACCUCCUUUGCCUUCUAUGUACCGACAACAGAUCAUACAGGAGAUAGCAGAGACCAAGACCCCCCAUACUAAGCAAGACCUCCUGAUGGCCUCUCAGACAUCUAUCAAGAGGCUGAAUGAGCCUACUUUCUUCCAAUACCCUGAGGUACCUUCAAGCAGGGUUCAAAAGACACAAAGAGAGGAGGAAAUACAGAAACAGCAGCAACAAGUUCCUGAAAGCUAUACUAGGGCUAAAGAAACUCUACAGAGGUCAGAAGGUCAACAGAGACCAGCAGGUCAAAGGUCAGAAGGUCAAAGGCCUGAGAGUCAACAAAGACCAACAGGUCAAAGGUCGGAAGGUGGUCGAGGAGCAGAGGUUAUAAGAGAGAACAGGGCACAGUAUCCUGAUAGUUAUUAUAGGGCUAAAGAAAAUGUGCAAAAGGAAGAGAAGCUUUCACCCAAGAAUGUGCAACCAUCAUACAGUACUAACAGGGAGGUGCUGAAGCAAUUAGACCCCAGAGUACAAGCGAAUGAGACAAGAGAUCAAAGGCCCAGGAAGAUGGGGGGAAGAAACCUGUCUGCUGUAAAGGAAGAUCCCCACAUGUCUGACUCCGAGAUUCUUGUCAGAGACAAUAAGAACAAGAAAAACUACCAAAAGUUCAACUUACAGAAGGCAGGACCAGGUCUCCGUAUGAGCAUCACAGCUAAUGACCUUCUAGGAAAAACACAUGAGGAGUUAGUGUUACUGUUAAUAGAGCUGAGACGUGAACUUGCGAGACUACAAAACAUGGACAAGUUCCUCAAGCACAGACUUUCGCAGAUGAGGCCCCAUGAGAAAUCAUACCAGAAAGAGCGCAGAUACUCCAAUACAAGGCUUGACCAGUCACUUGAGCAAGAACACAUUGAUUACUCUAAACUCAAACACGAGAGUGAAGAGAUACAAAAAGAGCUGGAAGUGCACACUCCAUUAGUUCACCUUGUGGACAACUUAGUGAGAAUGGGGAGCCUUUAUGGUGGAGAUAACUACAUGUUUGCUACUCAAUAUAGAAAGCAUCUUUUGAAGCCAGAAGAAUAUACGCAGCCAAGAGAAUUGAUCAACUUCUCUCGUCACUUAGAGGAGCAAAAACUAGGUGAAAACUUUAACAAUGAAAUCAAACAGCUGACUGAAGAGGAAGUGGACUUGGAGGAAAAGAAACACCAACUUGCCAGAUUACAACAACAAUUACAUCAAAGAUCUUUCACAGUGAACAGCCUCAGGGAAGAUAAGGAGCUUCUAGAAAAGGCACUUAAUGGUAUCAGCCGCAACUUGAAAGACCCAUCUAAUGAUGCCAACCGUAUAAGUUCACUCACUAAAGAAAAACAAAACAUUGAGAAAGAACUCUCCAAAGUCAGAUUUGAGUUGGCCGAAGCAUCCAAGUUGCUAGAAGAUACCUCCGCUGCCUCGUCUGUUGUUGAACAAGAGGUGGUCCUAUUGAGGACCCGGGUACACGGGGAACUGAACAAGAAGUCCUUGAGUAUGCCUGCCCUAUCCAGUGAGAAAUACAGGGAGAAACUAGAGAUGGAGAAGGAACUUAGUCAGGUUCAGAACAUGAUGGAUACAUUAGGUAAACAGAGACAGGACAUCUCUGCUACAAUGAGGGAACUGAGACACUCCAAUCCUAAUCUGGCUAGCACAGGAUCUGAAGCACCAAAGAAGAGUGGUACAUUCUUUGAGACAGACCUUGACUCUCAUAAGACAACAGAUGUGGCACUAUCUCAUAAAACAGUACCAAACAAGGAUGCCAAAGAUUUUGCCAACCAUCAAGUCAGAAGUGCUACCUUACCACAUAACAUGAGUGCAAACAGACCCCUAAGCAACACCAGUAGAACCCCUGGCAGCUCAAGUAGACCCCUUGGCAGCACCACCACACAGCAAACCAUCACCACCACUACCAGCAAUGGCUACACUCCAGUCGAUAUCAGUGAUGCAGAGGACAACAUGAAACGUUUCUAUGGUAUCCUCCCUAAAGAAAAGGCAAAGGCACAGACAGUACGUGAUGUCAAACGUGAGUCUCAGCGUCGGAGUCGCCAGAAAGAUCGGCCAUCCGGGCCCCGUUACACGGAUGAUAGCAGUGAUACGGAUGCCUCCCUCCCAAGGACCAGGUCUCCCUUAGACAAACCUGAUAGUGCCUAUAUGCGACGUACCCAAUCACUUCCACGUCAUCUCAUAAAGAAAGGUGGCCUACAACAGAGCCCUCUUGUGAGAAGCAGACCUGACAGUCCUUCAAAUCGUACAAGAUCAUCACUCUCAAGUAAAGACUUGAUUGGUCGCAAAGGUGUCGAGACAUUGAAAAAGAAUAAGGAACGUGCUCAAUCUAGUUCCUCAGCUAGAGAUCGACUAUUUGGUUCCACCUCAAGCAUGGGAAGUAGUCAACCUACCCCCACUUCAGCACCCCCACCCUUGCCUACAUCCCCACCCCCACCCCUUGAUGAUCCUGCACCCUCAGGGCCUGUUUAUUCAACCACCAAAAUAGAGAGAACUGUUACACAGCAGCGAGCACCAGAUUCAAAAUUAUUCAACCCGAGGGGGUACUCUGCCCCACCAGCUACAGCUACUGUGAAGCCAUGGAGCUCUCAGCCGAAGGAUGUAUCACGUGCUAGCCCAGUGCCACUUAGUAAACCUACCAUGGCAACUGUACACCCUAUGAACUCUUACAGCCAAUCAAUGGUCAGCAGUCACGCACCAAGUGUUCAGAAAACAAUAGUGACGACUACCAGCCGUACAGGACCCACCAGGCCUCCUGUCAAUUCUGUAGUCAUUUCCCCCACAAGUAAAUCAUUAGACAAUAAAUCACCCACCAAUAUGCCUAUCAAAAAAGCAUCAAGGAGAACCCCCGGAAUGAAGGGUCGUUCAAUGACAAUCACGAGCGGAGGUGCAGUAGCCAAUGAGCUGUUGAAUCUUAAGCGAGAGAGUGAAAGAGCCCAGAAGAAAAGCGCAGCUGGAGAUUUGAUAAUAUCAGACCCACUGUCUCCUGGUAGCUAUGUGAAGGCAGCCACAACAGGCAGCAAGAAGAUAGAUAAUGAGACAAUUGACAGAGAGCUGUUCUUGCCUGACAAGGUCAGUAUCCCCGAGCGUUACGUCCCCGAUUCAGACGAAGAAGAACUUACAGAGGAGCAGAAACAUGUUCGAGCUGAAAAGGCUGAACGGAUCAGGAGAAUGUUGAGUGCCCAUAGUCUCCAAGAGUGGACAGCUCCAGAACUGAAUAUGAAGCACAACCAGACAGUCUCCCACAAACAAGUGGAAGCUGAGAAAAAGAAGCGAGAACAUUUCCUAGAGCUGAGACAAGUCCUUGCCAGGGAGGUGUCCAUCAAGAGCAAACAACAAGCUGAAAACCGCAGGCGAACGCUAUCUGAUGAUUCGCCAACCCACCAACCAAUGGUAGAGUCCGAUGAUGAGGAGUAUCACCAAUCACGGAACAUAUAUACCCAGCAGCGAGAGAGCCUAUUUACAUGAACAUUUAAAGAAGCAGUUGUAAAUAUUUUAAAACCAUGAGUUAUGUAUAUUGUGUACAUAUGAUAGACAAUGUAUAAUCAAACAUCAAGUCCCUGUUUACCUCCACACCCAUGGAAUAAAAAUACCUGUGUCAGGAUUUAUGGGGAGGGACUAGGGAUUUUAUGCAAGGCUACAUUUGUAAUUGAAACAUUAAUUCUAUAAAACUGUAAACAGCAUACAAGAAAAACCCAUGUACAUAUUGAUAUUCUGUGUUCAAUUUUAGCUAUUGUGUUAGCUAUAUAUUCUAAUUGUUAGCUAUCUAUUAUAAUCAUAUUGUUAGCAAUAUAUUCCAGUAACAGUAUGUAAAACCUUUUUGUCAUUCCUUUUUGGAAACAAAAUCAUGUAAAGGCAUAGCUAAUGAUCAUAUAAUUCCUCUUGUAUACAUUAUGUAUACUAUUAAUACAAGUUUAAAGAUUAAAAAUAAAUGAACAAAUGAUUUCUUGCAGUCUUUGUAUAUUAUCAUAACUUGCCAGUUUGAUACACAUGCAGUCGUCAUGUUUAUAACCUUUCAAUGCAAAACAGAGAGAUUUUAUUAAUCAAAAAGAUUUAUAUAUUUUCAACUUUUUACAGAAGAAAUGUUUGUUGGUACAUCAAAAUGAUAAUCCACGUGUCAUGUGUGUCGCUUGGUGAAGGUAUUUAAUCAUUUAUACUCAUGUUCAGACCAUGACAGUUUGCAAGUCUAUUAUAUAUAGACGUCUCAUUAUAGAGAACAAAACAACAGAAUUUCCCUAUUGUAAUAUUUUUACGCAUGGCAAUAUACAUGCGUUUGUUAUGUAGUAUAUGUACAUAUAGAUACAGUAUAGUUUUAUUUAGCAUUCUGCUGUCCAAAUAUCACAUAUCAGGUUGUUAUAGAAGAAUAUAUUAGAAGAGGUUCUAAAUAUAAAUGUCAUCUUGGCCAUGAAUAUUUUACUAUAACUAUUCAGUUAUUUUGGAAUUUGAAUUCACUGCCAUUUUUCAUAUUUUUCAUUAGAAGAGUGAAUAUUUCUACCCUUUGCUCAGCAGAAAAUAAUAGUGUGUACUGCCCUCUGACUAUCCUUGAUCAUUUUACUAUUUGGCUUUCAACAAGUAAAAAUUCAAUAGAAUGACAUGAUUGUUCAAUCACUGUGACUUAGCAAUGGGUGGAUCUGAAUGGUUCAGAGAGCUCAGAGGUUUAUCUCGCAUGAAGAGUAUCAGACACUGGAUCAAUCUUUCUAAGAGUAGUGGAUAAUCAUUGUCAUGGUGGCAUUAUAUAGGAAUGUGUUUGCUCACACAUUUUAAGGUGCCUUAAAAUAGAAAUACACGUAUAUGAUAAGGGUGAAUCAUAAUAAGGAUUUUAGACAUGCUGGUCAAAGACAAAUGAUGGACCAGUUGCAAUGUAAUUACAUGCUGAAAAAUAAGCUGGUCCAGACCAAAAGAAACUGGCCAGGACCACUGUAUCAGUGCUUAUUUGAAACCCUGCCUAUUGUAUCUUUCAUUCCUCUGGGAACGAUUACACAGGAAAAACUUUGUUAUGAUCAUUAUUGACUUGAUUCUUUUGUUUAAUUAACAUAAAUAUUCAGCAUUUACAAAAUAUAUGUGCAAGAAAUGUGGGAAAUCUGAAUGGCUCUAGUGAGUGUGUAUAAAGAAAUAGAAAGACAUUUUAGUACUUGUUAUAUUUGAGGAAUAUAAAGUUCAUCAUUAAUAUUGAUUAAUAAUGUAUUUUCAAGAUAGAUUGAAAAAAGAUUUGGGCUAUUUUUUAUCUUUGAAAUGUUUACAAUAUCCAAAUGAAGUUUAAAAUGUGUAAGUGUUAUUUUUACAAAAUGCAAAUAUGUACAUAUAAUAGUAAGAUAUAUCAGCUGAAGCUUUCAGAUACUGUUUGUAUAGCAUAACACAUAUGUAUAUAUUUAACAUAUAAUAUUUUAUACACAUCAAAUAUUGCCAGUUUUGAAUUAAUAAUGAAAUUUUUUUAUUGAAAAUGUUACUUUUAUUUAAGGUUCAUUCAUUCAGCAUUACUACUGGUAAAAUUCUAUUUUUCAAUUUUAUGAAAUGUUUCAACUGAUAAGAUUUGAUUGGUUUAUAUUAGCUUGUAAUUUGUAAUGAUACAUGUAACUCUUAAUGAUGUAUUGUUUAACAUGUUUUAAUUAAAUAAUUUGGCAAUUGCAAUUUUCCAGUGCAUUGUAUUACAAAUGUUAUAAAAACAGUUUUUAGUGAAGUGUUUAUAGUUCUAUGCUUUACAGUAACACAGAUGCAUAUACAGUUGAAUGUGUUCCUCUACUUUAAGAGAAAUAAAGAUAACAAUACCACAAAAUUAUGUUGAAUUUUGUAAAUAAUAUUGAAUUUUGUUGACUAAGAAGUC